AUGUGCAUUUGUGUGAAUUGCAAGUGGGUGGAACGAUGCAAAGCGUACCAUUUUGUAGAAGAACAGCAUCAACAACCGCACCUGACACUUGUACCUGACUUCACUCCGCGAGAUGGCAGUCCUACCAUUGAGUGUGAGCUGCAGCACUUGGUUGAUCGAGGAAUAACGAUUGAAUAUGAUGUUGUGAAGUGUGAUGACUUUGUCAGAGAUGAUGGAAGGUGGAAGAAAAUGAUGCCAACUGGAACAUUACUCGAUGCAGGUUUGGUAGAUAUUCUUAUCUUAUCUUGA